AUGUCUGCAAAGAACGUAAAUUCCAAUGGGAAGAAGCCUGCUACGGCGGCUACCAACUUGAUUGCUGGUGGAACUGCUGGGAUGAUGGAGGCACUUGUGUGCCAUCCGCUAGAUACCGUGAAGGUCCGAAUGCAGCUCUCGAAAAGAGCACGCGCACCCGGGGUAAAACCCCGAGGCUUCAUUGCAACUGGGCGAGAGAUUGUGCGAAGAGAGACCGUUCUCGGUUUAUACAAGGGUCUUGGCGCCGUUUUGAGCGGAAUAGUGCCGAAGAUGGCCAUCCGGUUCACGUCUUACGGGUGGUACAAACAGGCGCUUUGCAACAAGGAGACCGGGCAGCUUUCCGGCUCGGCCAACAUGCUUGCCGGUCUGGGUGCUGGUGUCACGGAAGCCGUCGCAGUGGUUACCCCCAUGGAGGUCAUCAAGAUUCGCCUCCAAGCCCAGCAGCACAGCCUGGCUGAUCCCCUCGAUACUCCCAAAUAUCGGAGCGCGCCACACGCUCUUCUCACGGUGCUCAAGGAAGAAGGAUUCGGCGCUCUUUACCGCGGCGUUUCCCUCACUGCCCUCCGACAGGGUACCAACCAAGCUGCCAACUUCACCGCAUACUCGGAACUCAAGGCUCUUCUUCAAAAAUGGCAACCCGAAUAUGCCACGAAGGAGCUUCCCAGCUACCAGACAAUGCUUAUUGGAUUGAUUUCCGGAGCCAUGGGUCCCUUCUCGAACGCGCCUAUCGAUACCAUCAAGACCCGUCUGCAGAGGACCCCUGCCGAACCGGGCCAAACGGCUAUUUCGCGCAUCACGGCCAUUUCGAGCGAAAUGUUCAAACAGGAGGGCGCCAAGGCCUUUUAUAAGGGUAUCACGCCUCGUGUCAUGCGUGUCGCCCCCGGCCAGGCCGUUACGUUUACCGUCUAUGAAUUCAUUAAGGAGCGCCUGGAGCGGACAAACUGGGCGAUCAUGGGUGGUGACCAGUAUAGCGAAUAA